AUGCUCAUCUCGCUGUCUGCAACUGUUGUUUUCGUGCUCUUUUGUUUCUUUUUCUUUUUUUUUGCGUCCAUGUGGUUCAUUGUCAUUCAUCAUUUCGUGCUAUCUGUAUUAAUCCAAACUAGGUGUGGUGUCAUCUGGUGGGUGAAACAUCCUCCAUUUUAUCACUCCCUAGUUGACACACACCUUUCAGCACAACACCUUCCUUCUCCCCACUCCAACCCCAACACAGAUCCAGACGCAGACGGCAAAGGUGAUGCGGAUGUAGAUGCGGAGUUGAGAGAAGCAGCUGAUGCUGCUGCUGACCACUGCAGUGUGUCUUCAGCUGGCAUGAAGGAGGAAGACAUAGAAGUUAGAGAGUCAUCACUUCGCCCACUGUUUGGUGAUAGCGACACCAUUGGUUACCACAUGGUAUUCCAAAACACAAACCUACCUCUGUUCAAUGCUUCACCUGGACCGGCUACAGACUACUACCAAGACUAUCUAUACCCUGCAGCAUCAUUACUUGACCUGGCUUUAUUUUGA